UGUGCCAGACCCAGGACCGCGAGACCAGACCAUGUGGCUGCUGAUCGCUGUUGGGUCCGGUCUGGGCGCGCUCCUCCUGCUACUGUGCUGCGCCACCAUCGGCCGAGCCGUCUACAUCAAACGGCACCGAAAACGGAGGUGGAACAGGUACGUCGUCGAGGACGGGCGCUCUUCGCUGGGAUUUUCCUGGAGGCGAAAGAGAGCUCGACAUACCGGCGGCGCUCUUGGCGGUCCGAACCUGGAUUUGGCUUGGGACGACUUCCACUUCGGCUUCAGCCCGUCCUACCUCCCCGGUGGUAGCACCGCCUCUCCCGCCCGUUCCACCAUCCGCUAUCCCACCCGCCUCCCUCGCUUCCUACCCGACACGCCACUGUCUAGUUCCUCCUCGAGCGGGAAGUCUGGGAGUCAGUACGGAGGCGGACUGUUCACCCAGGUUUACAGCCUCGGCUCCCGGGCCUACUGGGCUGGCGGAAACGGGAUCGAGGACCAGCCGAUUCCAACCCGACAACCAGCGUACCUGCCUGACGGAGAGCCUGACCAGGACGUCUGGGAUCGAGACUACGGUCGUCCUCGCCUGAUUGACUACAGGCCCCACAUCCCAAGGCUGCGGCCAAUCUCACAGCAAAGUCAAAUACAAGAACAGCAGCCGGGGAGCCCCUACUUCGGCUCCCGCCGCCUGGGUGGUGACGUGUACCUGCAGGGCCUGGGCAGCAGCGCCUCCUGCCGGUUCGUCCUGCCCCGGUACCUGCCUCGGUCCCCGCAGACGGUUCCUGCAGAAGACGAGACGUACCCGACCGCUGAGCGAGGGGGAGGCCUUUACACGGAAACCUUCGGCCCGGACAGAACCUUCAAAAUCAAGCGGCCUGCUAUGAGCUACGCACCGUACGGAGUCUACAGGGUCAUUCCGGAAUCCAACUUGUGAGAUUGAAGAAGUCGUCCUUCAUGUCCU